GACUUAAUCAACAGUUUAAGUCUUUUUCUGAUCUUAGACCUUAAAAAGUAAUUGUAUCGCUUUUGAUGACCCCAAAUUAGUCCUAGCUGUGAACCAUUUAAAAUAAGCUAGCGUUCACUUUAAGAAGUGGUUCUCCGGAGGAUACAGCUUCAGGUUGGAAUCCCCUGAAGCUCUAUGCCGGUUUGGGAUCUUCAGGCAUGGGCUGUACCAACAGUCUACUCCACUCCAUAAUGAGAAGAAACCAUUCACGCAUCUUUUCUCACCAGCAGGAACAACUUCUCUUGGAAAUCACUGCACCGGAAGAGGGGAUGGUCACCAGCGAACCCGUUAUCAUCAUGCAGGAGAAGCCCAAACUGAUCGACCCUCUGGACUAUGAGGCUGUGAUUUCAGAGCUUGAACCUGAGCUCAGAGAAGAUCCUCUUCAAGAUCUCCUGCUAUUCCCAGACUUCGACUUCACUGUGUCCACUCUUCCUGUGGAGCGGAGAACGCUGAAGUCCACCGUGCCAGAGGGAUCCGACACACACGCUGAAUGUCUGCUGGUCAGACAGGCCUGUCAAUAUUACAACUCCCAGCUGCAUGUGAUCCAGUAUAAAUAUGAAGACCAUGCAGGGGACUACCGCACGCUGCCCAGGAAGCUGUGUAAAUCAGAGAAGUUGCCCUCGCACUCCUUUGAGAUCGACCAUGAAGAGGUGGACAAAGAUGAGGACACAACUUCUCUGUCAUCAUCUAAAGGCGGAGGAGGUGGAGCAGGGAGUGGAGGUGCAGGGGGCAUCGGGGUUUUUAAGUCCGGCUGGCUCUAUAAAGGCAACUUUAACAGCACUGUCAACAACAGUAUCACUGUCCGGUCCUUCAAGCGAAGAUAUUUUCAGUUGACUCAGCUAACUGACAACUCUUACAUCAUGAACUUCUAUAAAGAUGAGAAGAUAUCAAAGGAACCUAAAGGCUGUAUAUUUCUGGACUCGUGCACCGGUGUGGUUCAGAAUAACCGCCUGAGGAAACACGCCUUUGAGUUGAAAAUGAACGAAGUGACAUAUUUUGUCCUGGCUGCCGAGAACGAGCAAGACAUGGAUGAUUGGAUCAACACUCUCACACGCAUCCUGCAGAUCAGCCCUCCGGACGGCCCGGCUCUGGACCGCAAGAGUGCGGACCUGAGCGACAGCAAACAAGAGAGCAUUGAUGCGUCAUUGAAUCAUGUCCCUGUUCAAAAAAAUGAGGAAACAGCUGAAAACGGAAUCCACCCUGAGCUGGCCAAGUAUAUUUCUGAGACCGAGGAAUCAGUGAGAGCUGCCAGAGGAGAGGAAAGACUCAACCUGUUCUCUCUGGAUCCUGAUAUUCCUGUUUUGAGGAGUCCCAGGAUGGAGUCUGCUUCUGUCCAGCCAUUCGAUGAGAAACUCGGGAAGAGACUGAUGAUCUCCUGCUGCUCGCUCAACCUCUCACUGCAGGGCUGCGUCAACGAGGCCGACACUGAGCCAGUGACUAAUAUCGAGCCUUUCUUCGUGUCGGUUUCUCUGCUGGACAUACGUGAGGGCAGGAAGGUUUCCGCUGACUUCCAUGUGGACUUAAACCAGGAGGUUGUGCGGCAGAUGCUCAGUAGCUCUGGUAGUGCGGGAGAUCAAGGCUCGGAUGGUGCUCCGCAGGAGAAUGGCCUGACCUCACCUGUGGAGAAGAAAACAGAGGACUGCCAGCUGAGCUCCGAGCUGGAGAACUGGCUGCGCUUCCCCAAACAGGCGAUUUUUUCCAUUACGAACCCACAUACAGACAUCGUGAUGAUGGCACGGGUGGAGAAAGUGUUGAUGGGAAAUAUUUCCAGUGGUGCAGAACCCUACAUUAAAAACACAGAUUCCAGCAAGACUGUCCAAAAGAUGUUGAAAUCCAAUAAACAAUUCUGUAGCAAACUUGGAAAGUACCGCAUGCCUUUUGCCUGGUCUGUAAGGUCAGUAUUUAAGGACAACCAGGGCACAGUGGACAGGGAAAGUCGCUUCUCUCCGCUCUUCAAACAGGAGAGCAACAAGAUUUCCACAGAAGACCUCAUCAAGCUCAUCACAGAGUACAGGAGGGCAGAGAAGGCCAGCAAACUCCAGAUCAUCCCGGGAAACCUUGAAAUAAACGUAGACUGUGUUCCCAUGGAAUGUCCCAACUGUGUGACAUCCUCGUAUGUGGCUCUCAGGCCGUUCGAGGACUGCGGUCUUCACGCUCCGACAGUAGAGGUGGACGAGUUCCUGCAGGACUCUUCUAAGUUUGCCCAGCCUUACAGAGUCUACAAGAAUCACAUCUACAUCUACCCCAAACACCUCAAGUAUGACAGCCAGAAGAGCUUCGCAAAGGCUCGAAACAUCGCCGUUUACGUGGAGAUCAGAAGCUCUGAUGAAGAACACGCCAAGCCACUUAAGUGCAUCUACGGAAAGCCAGGAGGUCCAGUUUUUACCACGACUGCCUGUUCUACAGUUCUGCAUCACUCACAGAACCCAGACUUUUGUGAUGAGGUGAAGAUUGAGCUGCCCACACAUCUUCAUGAGAAACACCAUUUACUCUUCUCCUUCUAUCAUGUGACCUGUGACAUCAAUGGUGGAUAUCUACACAUUAAAGAGCCCUCAUCCACCAAAAAUGGCUCGGAUGUGAAGUGGGUCGAUGGGGGGAAGCCGAUCUUCAAAGUGUCCACUUUGGUGCUUUCUACAGUUUAUACUCAGGACCCCCAUCUAAACCGCUUCUUCCAGCAGUGCCAAAAACGAGAGGCAGACCUCUCUCAAGCUCCUACCUCAAACUUCCUCAAUUGCCUUAAAGGCCUCUUGAGUAUGGAGAGGAUUCAUGUCAUAAUUCGCUUCCUUCCUGUUAUCUUCAACCAGCUCUUUAAAGUGCUCACUCAAAACGACACUGACGAAGUGUCCACCAGCACCACCAGGGUCCUGGUCCACAUCUUAGCUAAGUGCCACGAGGAGAACCUGGGCCACUAUUUGCACUCUUACAUAAAGUUUGUCUUUAAGACUGAAGCGUGUGGCUUCAGAACGGUUCACGAAGAGUUGGCCAAGGGCAUGACCUCUGACCUGAAGAGCAACGACCAGUCGAUCAUACGCAAUAUCCUCAAGUUCUCGUGGUUCUUUCUCGAAAUCAUAGUGAAGUCGAUGGGGCAGCAUCUGCUGGACUCAAAUAAGCUUAAGCUUCCUCGACCGCAGCGAUUUCCUGGCACUUUCCAGAGUCGAUUGGAGACCCUGAUCAUGACGAUGUCCGAUCACAUCUUCUGGAAGAAUAAAGAGCUGGCAGAGGAGACACGCAGCGCUAAUAUGGCCAUAGCGGCCUUUGUGAAGCGGUGCUUCACAUUCAUGGACAGAGGUUUCACCUUCAAACUGAUCAGCAACUACAUAAACAUGAUCACAGCCAGUGACAAUAAGAUGCUGUGUGAGCUGAAGUUUGAGUUCAUAAGGGAAGUGUGUAACUAUGAGCACUAUGUCCCUCUGAGUCUUCCCAUCCCGUCUGCACGAAUCACAGACAAGGCAUCACCGGAAACCCAAAGUGCUCAGGUGGACUUUCCAGAGUAUAUUUUGACGGAAGAGUUCUGCAGGAAACAUUUUCUCACAGGAUUGUUGUUGAGAGAGCUGGGGCUCGCUUUGCAAGACGAGCAAGACCUGAGACACCUCGCCCUGGCCUGCCUGAAGAACCUCAUGGCUAAACAUUCACUGGACUCCCGUUAUGCCAUAAAGGAGAAACAGGCACGGAUAGCCUCUCUGUACCUGCCACUUUAUGGUCUGAUCCUUGACAACAUGCCUCGCUUUUUCCUCAGAGAUCUGUUUCCAAUCUGCCUGACGGCCAGUGACCAGGGUUCCAGAGAUGAUCUCAGUGUCGGAGUAGGUUUAGCAGGUCAGGUGACCCAUGUUUUACGCCAUGGGAACUCGAUGGAUGCGUCCUUAACCAAGGAAGUGCUCAACUCCAUUACAGCCUUUUCUUCAUUGGCCGUAUCAACAGCUAACAAUGCAGACUCCAGAGGCUCUCUCAUCAGCAUCGAGUCGAACCCCAGCAACAGUGACCGCAAUAGUGAGAAGAUGGAUGGAUGUGAAAAGUUUACCAGGCCGCAGUCUCUCAUUGGGUUUGGUGCACGCUUUGACAAACUGGAUCAAGCGGAGACCAGAAGUCUGCUCAUAUGUUUCCUGCACAUCAUGAAGACCAUUUCAGAGGUGGUGCUGGUUUCAUACUGGCAUCGAGCGAUCCACCAGGAGAUCAGCGAUUUCUUCAAUAUCCUGGAACUCUGUCUCCAACAUUUCCGGUUCCUUGGAAAGCGUCACAUUGCCAGGAAGCUAGCGGCCGCCGUUAAGCUGGCUCAGGCCACACAGAACAAUGGCACCCUGAAGGGGUCUAACGUGUCCUGCCAGUCUUCAGGGCUCCUACCCCAAUGGAUGCUCUCUGCUCAGGACGGGCACAGACACGCCCGCUCACAGACCAUGCCCAUCAUCAGGGGGAAGAACGCCCUCACCAACCCCAAACUGCUGCACAUGAUGGAGACCACGGAUGGAAAUGUGUCUGAAGGAGAAAGCGUCAGCCCUACAGAUAUUGAAGCCAAUCUUUCUACUGAAGUAGCACUGACCGUGCUAGAUGUUCUGGAUCUGUUUGUUCAUCAUCACAAGAAACGGUUGCAGCACGAUGACGGGCAAAACUCUGUGAUGAAAAAAGUGUUUGACACGUACCUGCUGUUCUUCCAGAUCAACCAGUCCACCAGCACCCUCAGACACGUCUUCACCGCCCUGCGCCUCUUCAUUCACAAGUUCCCGUCCACAGUUUUCCAGGGUACAGCGGAUCUGUGUGGCAGUCUGUGUUAUGAGAUCCUGAAGUGCUGUAACCAUCGCUCCAGCUCCACUCAGACCGAAGCCGCCGCGCUGCUCUACUUCCUCAUGAGGAGGAACUUUGAGUUUACGAAGGGCAAAUGCAUCGUCCGCUCACACCUGCAGGUGAUUAAAUCUGUAAGUCAGCUGAUCGCUGAUGCAGGUAUCGGUGGUUCACGCUUCCAGCAGUCUCUGGCCAUCAUCAACAACUUUGCCAAUGGAGACACGCCGCUCAAAAACACCACGUUCCCGGCUGAGGUGAAGGACCUGACCAAGAGGAUACGCACCGUCCUGAUGGCCACCUCCCAAAUGAAAGAGCAUGAAAAGGACCCGGAGAUGUUGGUGGACCUGCAGUACAGCCUCGCCAACUCCUACGCCAGCACACCUGAGCUCAGACGCACCUGGCUAGAGAGCAUGGCCAAGAUCCACGUUAGAAACGGAGACCUGUCUGAGGCGGCCAUGUGCUAUAUCCACAUCUCAGCACUUAUAGCAGAGUCUCUGAGGAGGAGAGGUUACUGGAAGUCUGAGAAGGGUCGGAUCUCAAGUGUGAGCAAAGAGGGAGCCUGUGUAAUUAACUCUAGCCCCUUACUAACUCCCCACGAUGGAGAAACUUCAUUCAGUAUGGGCUGGGCCGCCUUCAUGAACAUCUCUCCUAAUGUGAAAGAAGAGGGAGCGAUGAAGGAGGACGCCGGCACUCAGGACACUCCGUACACUGAGGACACACUGGUGGAGCAGCUGGAGAUGUGUGUGGAUUCCCUCUGGAAGUCUGAGAGAUACGAGCUCAUCGCAGAGAUCAACAAACCUGUUAUAGCUGUCUUCGAGAAGAGACGAGAUUUCAAGCGGUUAUCAGAGCUGUACUACGACAUUCACCGCUCGUACCUGAAGGUGACAGAGGUGGUGCACUCUGAGAAACGCCUGUUUGGACGCUACUAUCGUGUGGCUUUCUAUGGACAGGGCUUCUUUGAGGAAGAGGAGAGUAAGGAGUUUAUCUAUAAAGAGCCGAAGCUCACAGGACUGUCUGAGAUUUCUCAAAGACUCCUCAAACUCUACUCAGACAAGUUUGGAGCUGACAACGUCAAGAUGAUCCAAGACUCCAACAAGGUGAAUCCUAAAGACCUGGACCCCAGAUUUGCCUACAUCCAGGUGACCUACGUAGUGCCUUAUUUUAAUGAGAAGGAACAGCUGGAGAAGAAGACCGACUUUGAGUGCCAUCACAACAUCAAUCGCUUUGUCUUUGAGACGCCCUUCACGCUUUCUGGGAAAAAACAUGGAGACGUGGAGGAGCAGUGCAAAAGAAAAACCAUCCUGACCACGAGCUCCGGUUUUCCCUUCUUGAAGAAGCGUAUCGAGGUGGUGGAGCAGCAGAGCACAGAGAUGAACCCCAUCGAGGUGGCGAUCGACGAGAUGAGCCGCAAAGUGUCUGAGCUCAAUCAGCUGUGCGGCGAUGUAAAUGCUGGGCCCAUGGCCUACGCCCGAGCCUUCCUCGAGGAGAAGAAUGCCAAGAAAUACCCAGACAACCAAGUCAAACUCCUGAAAGAGAUCUUCAGGCAGUUUGCAGACGCGUGUGGUCAGGCCUUGAAGGUGAAUGAGCGUCUCAUAAAAGAAGAUCAGCUGGAGUAUCAGGAGGAGAUGAAAGCUCACUAUAAAGACAUGCUGACCGAGCUCUCCGCCAUCAUGAAUGAGCAGAUCCCGUACACGAGACAACCCGGAACAGAACGACACAGUGCCAUCUGAGCUGCUAGUGAGUUUGGGAAACAUUUCUGUCUGACAUGGCUUGUGGGUUUUUCUGACCAGAGGGACUAAAAAACUUUGAUUUUAACGAAAUAGUAAUGGGCAAAAAGGAAAAGAAUUAUAGUCUUGUGGACGAAGCAGAAUGCCUGUGUAACACACACUCUCACACACGCACACACACACUCUCACACACACGCACACUCGCACACACACUC